UGGUGUGAGCCUGACAUCGACGUGACGCGCUGUCAGCUGACUGCAGUAAAUUCCUCGACCUUCGCUGCAAACACAACAUCAUCUGUUAAAACCACCUCUUUUUUCCUCUUUACUGACAUAUUUUAACGAACCCAAUAAUGGCGAGUCAGUCCCAGGGAAUUCAACAGCUCUUGCAAGCAGAAAAACGUGCUGCGGAAAAGGUAGCCGAAGCUCGCAAACGCAAGAAUCGCCGUCUGAAGCAGGCAAAGGAAGAGGCUCAGGCUGAGAUUGAGCAGUAUCGCCUGCAGAGGGAGAAGGACUUCAAGACCAAGGAGGCAGCGGCUCUUGGUUCCCAUGGUAACUCAGCUGUGGAGGUGGACAAAGAGACCGUGGAUAAGAUGGCUUGCAUCCAGAGUAGCUACCAGCAAAACAGGGAGGCUGUACUGGGCAACCUGCUGAAGAUGGUGUGUGAAAUCAAGCCAGAGAUCCAUGCCAACUACCGUUUUGCUGGCUAGACCCCCCCCCCCCCCCCCCCGCUUCUUUCUCUUCAUCAUUAAACCCUUAAACUAAGGAAAAACAGAGGCAGACACACCGUGCACUGGAUCACAGUGUCCAUACGCACCAUAAUAUGUUAUAUGAUAAUCUACCUUCACAUUCCUCCAUUUGAUCUUUUCUCUAGUAUUGAUAAAUCCACUUUCAUCAACACUAUUGUUAUAAUCUGUAUAUUAUAUGUUGAGAUAAAGUGACACCCACAGUUCAGUCAGAUGUAAAGAGUAUAGUAUGAUUGAAGUAAAGAUUAAAGUAUGAUUGUUUCAGCUUGUUUCAACACAUUCAAUGGUCAUAGUUUAGUUUUGGAUACGGUGCAGUGUCUCUGUCUCUGUGGUUCAUUCUUAUUGGCUGGCAGAAUCAUCAAGACCAUUUCUGUGAAAGUUAGUGUGUGUUUGUGACGUUGUGCGUGUGUCUUGCUAUGCAAUGUGAUGUUUAUUUAUAUCUGAUGCACAUGUUUUUGUUGUUAUAUUUGUGGAGACAGAAACAGUAGUUCCCAUUUACCUGCUGUCCAUUUGUUUUCCCUCCAUCCUGUGGCUGUAUGGUCCUGUAUCAAUAGGGAACAUUCACAAAUUGAAACAUGAUACUAAAAUUAAAUAUUUUGGUGGAAAACAACA